UUUUUUUUAAGUAUUUGAAAAUGGGAAGACUUAAGAGAAAAAAGCUAGUAGUUGUAGGAGAUGGAUUUUGCGGAAAGACCAGUUUGUUGCAUGUUUUUCAGUACAACGAAUUUCCAGAAGAUUAUGUCCCUACCGUGUUCGAAAAUUACAUUGUGCGUAUCGACCUUGAUUCGGGAAAAUCAAUUGAACUAUCACUAUGGGAUACUGCAGGCCAGGAAGAAUAUGAUCGACUUCGACCACUUUGUUAUCCAGAAACAGAUGUCAUUUUAGCUUGUUUUGCUAUUGAUCAAAUGCAAUCAUUCGCAAAUGUAAAAGAUAGGUGGAUCCCUGAAAUGGACCAUUUCUUGUUUAACACCCCUCGGUUAUUAGUUGGUACAAAAAGCGAUUUGCGAAGUAACGGAAAACGUAUUUCCGAGCUAAAUGCAAAUGGGCAACAGCUAAUAACAAUUGAACAGGCUGAAAGUUUGGCAAAAAAAAUUAAUACGCGAUACAUUGAAUGCAGCGCAAAACAAAAUAAUAAUAUUUCACAAGUUAUUCAUACAGCAGCAAACUCAAUUACAAAUAGUAAAGGAGUAAUAAAACGUUGCACUUUUCUCUAGAUAACUAUACCAUGUGCAAUGAUGCUUUUUUCAAUCUAAC